AUGUCAAAUGAACCGAGAAGUUCAUUAUACAAUCCACUGGACAGAUCACAAAUCUCAUUUAUUCCUACGGAAUUGGCUCCCAUUCAGGAUUCACCAGGAGAUUCCAUCUGUGGUGGUAGCGGUGAUAGAUAUUUAGAUUCAUCAUCAUUGAACAGAACAACAACGAAUACCACUAGUACUAGAACCAAUAAUGGCAAUUGUAAUGAUGAAUCUGAUAGACUAACGAGACUGUCUACCAGACAGUCCCUUGGGUCUAAUAUUGUGGACCGAAUGCGAUAUAAGAUUGUUCUGAAGCUCACGUCACGUGAAAUCCAACUAAUAAGAAGUUCAUGGGCUACUAUGUUGAAUGAGACUGCCACGAGUGAUAAAACAGUUGCAUUAUUCCGCCAAAUCGAAAGAGUGCCAUCUAAUACAACCACUAUCCAACAACAACAAAAUAGUAUUAAUAAUAACACCACGCAAUAUCUGCAAAGGAGACCUACUUCCGUAACUACCAAUUCAGCAGGGCAAAGUUCAAACAAUUUAUCAGCAGUUUCGGUAAUAUCACCACAGGCAAGUUCAAUCAGUAGUACGGAAUCUUUCACGAGCAACAAUAUGGCUAGUUCGUUAUUUUGUGCUCAGUUCUAUGCAAACCUAUUGGAUAUGGAUCCAGAACUAGACAAAAUGUACCCCUCUAUCAAACACCAAGCUGUGGCAUAUGCCGGCGUGUUGACGACUGCCAUUAGUCAUUUGGAAAAUCUCAGCCUUAUGGACGCUUACCUAAAUGACCUUGGCAAACGCCACGCGAGAAUCCUUGGUAUCGAACCCCCUCAUUUCGAACUAAUGGGUGUAGCCUUUUUGAAAACGAUUCAAGACAGAUUUGGCAUCCACUGCACAAUCGAGUUGGUAGAAACAUGGUCAAGGCUAUACUCAUAUCUCGCCAAUAGUAUAUUGCAGUUUGGCAUUGACCCAAUCCUUGAAAUCGACAGAGACCGCAAACAAUUAAUACCAUCUGUUUCCAGCCUAGUUAAAGACACCGCCACCAAGACCGCACCAUAUUCACAGAAUGGGGAUGCAGCCCAAACCGAACAAGGUUCCGCGUAUUCUACGGGUGACGUGCAUAUUGAGGUACAACAAGCCCAAAAUGGAUCACAAAGUCCUCACAACAGAGAAACAAACCUUCAAAUAGUACCAAAAUCGUCAUACAACCCUUUAACUUCCUCAUCCAGCUAUGAAAACCCUCAAUUAACUCCCGAAUCCAAACUGCAAAAGAAAAUUGAUCCAACUCAUCAAUCAAAUGGAAACAAACGCCCCCAUUUCUACAAGAGAAGAAAGAACACCAAUAGAGACUGUGUUGUAAUGUAA